GAGUGGAAAAUGCUUGCACAAAACUUGUCCAGGCAGCUCAGAUGCUCCAAACGGAUCCUUAUUCAGUCACUGCUCGCGAUUACCUGAUCGAUGGGUCCCGAGGAAUCCUUUCGGGGACGUCGGACUUACUUCUGACCUUUGAUGAAGCCGAGGUCCGUAAAAUCAUCCGCGUCUGCAAAGGAAUUCUGGAAUACCUCACAGUGGCUGAAGUGGUGGAGACAAUGGAAGACUUGGUGACCUACACAAAGAAUUUGGGACCAGGAAUGACAAAGAUGGCCAAGAUGAUUGACGAGCGGCAGCAAGAACUGACUCACCAAGAGCACCGAGUCAUGCUGGUCAACUCUAUGAACACGGUGAAGGAUCUCCUCCCCGUCCUUAUUUCAGCAAUGAAGAUUUUUGUAACAACUAAAAACUCUCAGAACCAGGGAAUUGAGGAAGCCUUGAAAAACCGCAAAUUUACAGUGGAUAAGAUGAGUACAGAAAUAAAUGAAAUAAUCCGUGUAUUGCAGCUGACUUCCUGGGACGAAGAUGCUUGGGCCAGCAAAGACACAGAAGCGAUGAAGAGAGCUCUGGCUUUAAUCGAUUCGAAGAUGAACCAGGCCAAGGGGUGGCUGAGGGACCCCACUGCUCCCGCAGGGGACGCUGGUGAACAAGCCAUAAGACAAAUCCUGGACGAAGCAGGAAACGUUGGAGAGUUGUGCGCAGGUAAAGAACGCCAGGAGAUUCUAGGCACUUGCAAAAUGUUGGGCCAGCUGACGGAUCAACUAGCUGAUCUUCGGGCCAGGGGACAAGGUACCAGUCCUCUCGCCAUGCAGAAAGCUCAGCAGAUUGCUCAAGGGCUGGACUUACUAACCGCGAGAGUGGAAAACGCAGCUCGCAAACUGGAGGCCAUGACCAACUCUAAGCAGGCCAUAGCCAAGAAGAUUGAUGCUGCUCAGAGCUGGCUGGCAGAUCCUAACGGGGGCAGCGAAGGAGAAGAGCACAUCCGGGGCAUUAUGGCGGAAGCCAGGAAAAUCGCAGAACUCUGUGAAGACCCCAAAGAGAGAGAUGACAUUUUGCGGUCCUUGGGCGAGAUUUCUGCUUUGACAGCUAAAUUGUCUGACCUUCGGAAACAUGGGAAAGGCGACUCUCCAGAAGCCCGGGCAUUAGCCAAGCAAAUAGCAACAUCCCUUCAGAAUUUGCAGUCCAAAACCAACAAAGCUGUUGCCAACAGCAGACCCGUCAAGCCGGCUGUUCAUUUGGAAGGCAAGAUUGAGCAAGCUCAAAGAUGGAUAGACAACCCAAGCGUGGAUGAUCGAGGUGUAGGCCAGGCUGCCCUCCGGGGACUGGUGGCCGAAGGGCGCCGCCUUGCCAACGUCAUGAUGGGGCCUUACCGCCAGGACUUGCUCGCCAAGUGUGACCGGGUGGAGCAGCUCACUGGCCAGCUGGCUGAUUUGGCUGCAAGAGGGGAAGGGGACUCGCCACAAGCCAGAGCCGUGGCUCUUCAGCUGCAGGAAUCGCUGAAGGACCUUAAAUCAAGGAUGCAAGAAGCGAUGACCCAGGAAGUAUCGGAAGUGUUCAGUGAUACCACCACCCCAAUCAAGCUGUUGGCAGUAGCAGCCACUGCUCCUCCAGAUGCUCCCAACAGGGAUGAGGUCUUUGAAGAAAGGGCAGCCAACUUUGAAAACCACGCAGCGAGGCUGGGGGCGACUGCGGAAAAGGCGGCAGCUGUUGGGACAGCCAACAAAAGUACCGUGGAGGGCAUCCAAGCGACCGUGAAAUCAGCAAGAGAACUGACACCUCAG